AUGGCAAACACCAAUAUUGGCGGCGAUGACAUCCGAUCAAGGAUAACCCUCCGACCCUUCCGGCGAACAGACGCCGCCGACAUCUGGAGCUACUCGAAAAACCCGGAAACGACCCGAUACACGCCCUGGAGGCAAUUCAAUUCAGAGGAAGAAGUCGCCGCCUACAUAGAGACCUACUGCAUUCCCCACCCCUAUUGCAGGUCCGUGUGCAUUGAAGACAGGUCAAUCGGGCUGGUGAUCGUCACGCCGGGGACCCGCCCAGACGAGGCCCGGCGCAGGGAGUUGGGAUUGGUGGUGUCGCCGGAAUAUUGGUCGAGAGGGGUGGGGACGAGAGUGGUGGAGAUGGUGGCGGAGGAAUCGUUCAGGAUUUUCCCGGAGAUGGUGAGGCUGCAGGCGGCGACGGAUGUCGGGAACAUAAGGGCCAGGAAGGUGCUGGAGAAGAAUGGGUUUAGGAAAGAUGGGGUGAUGAGGAAGUACUUGUUCCACCGCGGGGAGGAUCGAGAUGUGGUGUUUUAUAGCCUUCUGGAUUCUGAUCGCCGGCGGCCGGCUCCGCCGGAGGAAAUGUGGCGGCCGCUGGUGUCGUUGUUGCGGUUAUUGAGGUUCAGUUUCUUGCUGAAUUUUCUUUGCUCGUUGUGUUGCUUACUUGGUGACUCAGUCAAACCUUUGCGAUGA